CCCGCCGUCCUUGCGUCCUCGAAUAAAGGGUGGCAGCACCGGUGGUUCUAUCUCCGGAAUGACGACGAGAGGCUCCCGUCGUUUUCUCAGCGAGUGGUCACCGUCGCCGCCGAUGCUUGGCGCUACGGGACCCCGCAUGACAGACAGAAGAAUCUCGAGCCCCUUCUCAAGGCCCUGGAGGUGUUGCGGAAAGGAGGGCUCACCGCUGCGGGAGUGAUUGCCGCCAUUCAUCGCCGGAGGGUGCUUCCCUUGGCGGAGCGGCGGUUGCCGCUUGGGAGAUGACGCCAGAGGCUGACUUGGAGGGCUCGCGGAUGUCCUCGGAUCCCCUUCCCGUCGACGUUCUCCACGGGCGGGUGGCCGUCGCGUUGGGAAAACCGGACGCCAGCGCCCUCUCUCAGCCCUUGAUGCGUCCCGACCGCGGGUGUGUGUCCCUGGUGAGUGUCCGCUCCUUCUUUCUCCUUGCGUCGGAUUGCCCUUGGUCCUUACGGUCGAGACUUUUCAUCUGUCUCCAGGAGGUAGGGUGUCACAAGCCUUCCUGGCCACGGGUCCCGGAGGACGCGGUGGACCGAGCAGCGCGGCGGGUUGCCGCGGAGGAGAAGAAGAAAAAGGACGCGAAGAAGGCUUGGGCCCGCGAGCGGACGCGGACCCGAGACGCCUUGGAAAAGCUCCGUCGUCGGCAGGAGAGGGAUGGACUCCCGAGGGAGCCGUCGCCGGAAACGCCUGAUGACGACGACGAUGAUGAAGACGAUGACGAGGAUGACGACAUGGCUGCCCGCCUUGGCCUCAGCCCGGGUUUGAGGCUAGGCCAGGAGUCGUCAAGCCAGCCCCGGAGCGGGCUGGCGCCGUCAGUUCCCGGGGUCGGGACGCCGAGGUCCAGGCCCGAAGAGCAGGGGCAGUCCGAGGGGGUACUCGACCCCUCGGCUGGGGAAGUUGAGGUGACCCCGGGGAAUCAGGCCGAGGUGCCUGUUCCUCGAAAACCGUCGCCCGUGCCGGCAGCGCUUGAGGGCGACCCUCAGGUCGCCGUGGUAGCGCCUGGGCAGUCCGUCUCUCGGGCGUCUAGGGUGCCCAAGGCGAGGAUGGUACCGAAGCUGGCGGCGGGGCGGACCUCGGCGGUACCUUCGGGGGUCGAGAUCCGAGAGACCUCCCCACAGGCGCGGUUGAUCAUGGCCCGAAGUGGGUAAGUACCUUAGAAUGUCUUCGUCUCGGCUCCUCCUUUGUAUGUCCCGACCCUGACUUUCCUUUCCUCCUCAGCAAGCGGAGUCAUGGCCUGACCGAUCUGGCUCCCAGGAAGGUCCUCAAGACGGCGUCGGCUUCCGCAGCCGGUGCCGCGUUGGGCCCCGCCGUUCAGCUGACCUUCUCGCAAGACGCCCCACAGCAGAGGGCUCAGGCGGCACCAGUUGCCGUGGAGCGAGUUCCCGAGGCCGACUCUUCUGUUGAGGCGGCUGUCGCGCUGGGUGAGGCGGCUGGCGCGGACGUGGCCUCGGGCCCACCAGACAUGCCGCCGGCGGUAGCACCAGCCGCUGCCGAAGCCGCUGCCAUCCUGGUCGUGGAGCGACCUGUCGCCGCCGACGCUGAGAUGGCUGAGGCGUCGCCACUUGGUGCCUCGGAGGAGGGGGGCGUGGAAACGCGACCCGUCCCGCCGAGCGGCAGCCUUGUCCCUGCGCGGCGGAGCUCCGAGGGGCGGCGCCAAUUGCUCCGGUUCCGGACCCGUGAGGCUUCGGAUCCCUUCUUCGUUCUUGACGAUGAGCGGGAGGAGCAGUCUUGGGACGAGCUCCGCGAGUGUGCCGAGGCAACGGUGGGGUCGCUCCGGUCAUCCUUGGAGGUCUUUUGCAGGGACGUCCCCAAGAUCCUCCAGGUAAUGAUUUCAGGCAUACCUUUUUUGUGAUCAAGGCGUCCUUUGUGACGCCCCGCUUCCUUCCCUCAGGAUCUAACGGAUCUGAGCGCCGCCAAGUCGUCGUUCAUCCGCCACGAGGUCGAUGUCUGGGGCUCGCUGCGAUCCCUGAGGACCUCGCUUGCCGGGGCUACCGCGUGCCUCUCCCAGCAGGGCGCCGAGGUGGCGGACCUUCGGUUGCUCUGCGCCGAUCUGAGAGCAGAGGCAGCAGCGGCACGCGCAGAGGUGCAGCGACGGCAGUCGGAGUUCGACCAGGUCGCCGAUGAGCGAGAUCGAUCUCGGGGCCGGGCCGCCGAGGCCGAAAGCCGGGCCGGAGCCCUUGCAGCAGACCUAGCCGUAGCCCAAGCCGCAUCCUCGGAGCAACGUGCCCGAGCCGGAGGUAUGUCCUGGCUGUUUUCGGUUUUCGUUUCAGCUCAUUUCCUCCACUUGUGUUUGAGGCCUUGCGCU